CCUUCGGAAAAGGUAAGAUUUAUACAAAGUAGUAUUAUAUAUCAUUUGUUAUGUGUAAAUUUUAUUAGUCUUGUCUCAUGUUGUAAUCUUUAAUAUAUACAUUUUAAGUCUAUUUGCUUUAUAAAAAGACAGAUAUUAGUUGGUCCAUACGUCCUAAUUCGAAUCCAAAAGGAUUCGACUUUAAUGCGUUCUUGGUCGUGUUUCUAAUUAAUGUAAAUGCAGGAAAAUAAGAGAUACACACGAACACAAGAUCAACCACGAUCAACAACAAAAUAAACGGUUUGACUUUAAAGCAUAAUGGCUGGAUAUGGUUUUGCGCCUGCGAUUGGUAUUGAUCUAGGUACAACUUAUUGUUGUGUUGGUGUUUGGCUAAAUGACCAGGUUGAGAUCAUACCCAAUGAUCAAGGGAAUAGGACUAUGCCAUCUUGUGUAUCUUUCACGGAUGAAGGACGUGUAAUAGGUGAAGCUGCUAAGAACAAGCUGGGUUCAGAUCCUUUGUCCACGAUUUACGAUGCGAAAAGAAUGAUUGGAAGAAGAUUCAAUGAUCCCAAACUUCAACAAGACAUGAAGUUAUGGCCUUUUCAAGUUAUUAAAGGGGCUAACAACAUCCCAAAGAUUGCACUCGAAUACAAAGAUGAAAAGAGGGAGUUUUUCCCAGAGGAGAUUUCAUCCAUGGUUCUUAUGAAAUUGAAAGAAAUUGCAGAGGCAUACCUUGGUGAUACCGUAUUAGACGUGGUUAUCACAGUGCCUGCUUAUUUUGAUGAUUCCCAACGUCAAGCCACAAAGGAUGCUGCUUUUGUUGCAGGACUUAAUGUUCUACAAAUAAUCAAUGAACCUACCUCAGCUGCAAUUGCUUAUGGGCUAGACAUGAGUACAAAUAUAACUCGUGACACAAAUGUGCUCGUAUUUGAUUUGGGUGGUGGAACGUUUGAUGUCUCUCUUGUCACAAUUGAUAAAAAAGGUAUUUUUAAAGUGAAAGCGGUUGCGGGUGACACUAACUUAGGUGGUCAAGACUUUGAUAACUUAAUGGUGAACCACUUUGUGAAGCAAUUCAAUGAAAAACACAAAAAAGACAUCAGUGGGAAUAUAAAAGCACUAGGGCGGUUGAAGGCGGCUUGUGAAAAAUCAAAACGGGUUCUCUCUUCAGCCACCGAAACCAUUCUCGAAAUUGAUGCUUUACAUGAGGGUGUUGAUUUUUCUAUGAAAAUUACACGUGCAAAGUUUGAACAUCUAAAUCAAGACUUCUUUACUAAAUGCAUAAAAAUGGUAGAGAGUUGUUUACAUGAUGCGAAUUUGAAUAAGAAAGAUGUAGAUGAGGUUGUGCUUGUCGGUGGGUCAACUAGGAUACCAAAGGUACAACAAUUGUUGAAAGAGUUCUUCAACGGGAAAGAGCUUUGCAAGAAGAUCGAUGCAGAUGAGGCUGUUGCAUACGGGGCAUCUGUUCUUGCUGCAAAGUUAAGUGGCAAUACAAGUCUACAAGUGAACAAAAUUCAUGUCAUUGAUGUCAUCCCAUUGUCACUUGGUGUAAACGUGAGUGAUGGCUCAUUGAGUGUUAUAGUUAAAGGAAAUACCCCAAAACCGACGACCAAGGAAAGAGGUUAUGUAACAUCAGAGGAUAACCAACAAAUUAUAAAUUUCGAUGUCUAUCAAGGUGAGAGAUUUAGGUCUAUAGAUAAUAAUUGGUUGGGAAAUUUUCAAGUCCCAGUCCCACGCGCACCAAAAGGCAAGUCAGCGGUAAAAGUGGUUUUCAACAUAGAUGUUAAUGGCAUUUUAAAUUGCUCAGGCGAGGAAGUAACCACUGGCUUAAAAACCAAGGUUAUAAUUAGCCAUGACAAGCAGAGGCUUUCAAGGGAAGACAUCAAAAAGAUGAUACUUGAUGCACAGAGGCAUGAACGUGACGAUGACGAGUACAGGAAGAUGACUAUGGCACGUAAGAACUUGGAAGAUUUCAUUGAUGAUGUGAAACGCAAAAUCAACGACAAAAAGAAGACUGGAAAGACAAGGAUCAAGAAGGAAGACAUGGAAAAAGUCGAAAAAGCCUUAGAGGAGGCUCGCAAAAUUCUUAAUGGAAGGAAGCUUCUUGCUGUUAAAGAGUAUAAUAAGGCAUCAGAAGAUCUAAAUAAAUUAGUUGCUGAGUUCCUUUCCCAUGCCUGAAGUGGAGAAUUACUAUAAGCUAUGUACUAUGGUUUGUAUUUUUUUCAAAAAUAGUUGGACAUUGUUCGACAUUGAGUGUUGAGAUUUGAAUUUGUGUGUGUGAUUACUUGUAUGAUUGUUGUCGAUUUUUCUUUUUUCGCUUUGUACUUUUAGUGUUAUAUGAAUUAAUAAAGUUAUUUCA